GCGCGAUUUCAAAUUUUGAGUUUGAGAAAGAGAUACCGAAAAUAAGAUUUUAGAAAUCAACAAAAUGCCCAUGUUUUUCACAUUAUUUUUCCUUAUAUUGUAUCUUUGAAUCAGUUCAGAUAAAUUAGGAAGCAGUGUUGUCAAGAUGGCUGCCUUUAAGGAGAUGUCAGAGUCAGACCUUGCUCCUGAGUUAGCCGGGCUUCAGAAGAUAUCCUUAUCAGAAUUACAUCCAUCUAGCACAUUACUCAACAGAUAUGUGAUGGGUAAAAUGGUUGACCGUAGUCCAUUGAUAACCAAAGGCAAGCUGCCUGUCUUGAGGUUAGUUCUGGAGGAGUCUUCAUCAACUCACAUCAAUGUCUAUACAUUUGGUGACUUUGCAACAGGGAUUGAUGCUUAUAAGAAUGGGGAUACCAUCUUUAUUAGCAAUGCUGUGAUAGAGCGUUCUCACACAUUCACUAAAGAUGGCCAUCAUAAAUGCCAGCUGAUGGUUCAUAAAGGAAGAAGUCAUGCACUUGUUUGGGUGUGUCCACAACAAGAACAGGGUGGUAGCAACACUGCAUCCACAUCAGCAGCCACUGCCACUACAACAGCCCCUACCACUCAAAAAGGCCCUACAACAACCACGGACCAUGCAGGUAGUGAGCAGGGAACACCGUCUAAGGCCAUCCAUGGCAGGAUGGUAACCAUCACUGCAGAAUCAUCUCCCAUUAAAUCCAAGAGAACAUAUGAAUACAAAUGCUUGAAUGACGUCAAGGAAGCCAGAUCUGUAGAUGUGUAUGGUGUUGUCAAAUUCUUCAAGCCACCAUACAAAACUAAAGGCCCAGACUACUGUAUGUCCCUGACCAUUGUCGAUCCAUCCCUGCCUCAAGACAAUUUUGGUCUUAAAUGUGUCAUCUUUCAUCAAGACAUCAAGAAGCUUCCCCAGGUCCAUAGCAUAGGAGAUAUUGUCAGGCUACACAGACUCAAGAUCCAGCAGUACAACAAUCAAUUACAGGGGGCCAAGGGGGAUGGCUUCUCAAGUCUAGUCUUUGAUGGCAGACCCAAUGCUCCUGUGGAACCCAGGUCGUCCAGUGUAAACUACACUUUGUCAGAUCAAGACAAGGAAAAGGUUCAAGAACUCCGAUUGUGGGCGACACAGCAGACAUCGGUGCCCCUGGCAGGCAAGAGCUGGACCCUCUCUCAAAUUGUAUCCCGAGAGUACUUUGACCUCAUAUGUCAGGUUGUUGCCGUGGUGAUCAUCCCAGCAGAAAGUUGUGUGCUUAUUAAAGUGUGGGAUGGCACCAAGUACAAAUGGCCAGUUCGAUGUCUGGAUGUGAGUAAAGUACAAGUAAAAUGGGACACUGAGUUGGCAUGCCGAGCAGAAGGUCUGAUAUUGGAUGUCGCCCUCUAUGAUAACCACAUGAAGGCUGGUCGAGAACUCAAGCCAGGUGACUUUGUAAGGCUCUAUAACCUACAUGCUGCAUCCUACAUACCGCCCAACACGGCACCAACCAACCAAGAUAACAAUGACACCGACAUGAUUGAACUGGUCUUGCAUCGUGGGACAGCGUACGGCAGGGGUCUGGUGGUCAUGAAGGAAUACGAAGAGGACGUCCGUGUCAUGAAGAGGAGAAUGGAAGAGCUGAGUACAAGGAAAAACCAGCCAUCAAGUAAUGGUCAAGGGUCAUUGAAUAUCGGUCAAGGGUCAUUAGAUACCGGUCAAGGGCCACAUAGUAGUGGUCAAAGGUCAGGAAGUAAUGAUAUUGAGCUUGAUAACCUUGACUGGGAGGUACUAGACUCCUUAGGAAUGACUGAUGGAGAAAGAUCGACUCAAGGACAGAAGAACCCUGACAAUGCCAGCUGGCCUAGCUCCUUCAACAGUGAGCAGGAGCUCCAGUGUAUGCAGCAACCCAUUUCAGUCAUCACAAGUUACCAUGACAGUCGGGUUUCCAAGAUAAAGCGCAUGAUGGACCACCCGCCUCUUCUAUUCCGCUUGAAGGCUGCGGUAGUAGACUACUACCCUAGGACCAUCCAGGACUUUGUACAUCUUUUCUGCUCAAAAUGCAGAAUGAGCUGUAGGAUACCAACCGCUAAGAAUGCUGCAACCAAUCCACCUCAAGAUGAACAGUCAAGGUCAGACAAAGACAGGAAGAGAAAGGCAGAACAAGGAUCUCAGUCUCCAAGGAGAAGUAGAAGGAUCAGAAGGCAGGCGGGGGAUUCCAGUGAUUCUUCACCGGAAAGAAACCAAGAAAGAGAGAAAGUGACAAGACGGAAAGGAAGGCAAGUCACGACAGUGAUGACCCCUCAAAAGAACAAUGAAGGUGUUACUGCUCUAGCAUACAUCAAAGACUUGACGGUACAAGAGAGUUUGAAUUUGACGAAAGAAGGGAUGCAGCUAGUGCGUGUACCCAAGCUCUACAUGAGGGAAGCAUGUCAGCAGAGUAGGAGUAGGGUCAGUAACAGAACACAGGUCUUUGUCUGUCCCACAUGCUGUCCAGAUCAACACCAAGACAAAGAUGUUGUACUUCUCCAGUAUCGUUACUGGCUCAAAUUAUGGCUGCAAGAUUCUACAGAGAAAGUAGAGACCAUCUUACAAGGUCCAGAGGCUGAAUUGUUCUUUGGAGUUGCCCCUAUCAAUCUGCAUGUGAACCCAGACAGCAGGCUAUCCAUAGCUGAUAAGAUUGGAAGGCUCUGUCCUAAUCCCGGUGAGGCCGAACCUCAGGCGAACCCAAACUUGGAUUGCUGCAUAGAGAGACUAGUCACCAUCAGACAGGGGUCACGUAAGGUCAUGUAUCAUAUACGAAAUACUCAGCUGGCAUUGGAUGUACAGUAGUAAGUGGUGUGUGAGUAUGGAACAUGAAGGCAUUCAUCGCCAUGGUAACAUAAAUAGUAGUUUGGUUUUACUUUCUGUUUUGAGGGCAUUAUCGUCACAAUGGCUAUGUAGUCUAUAGCUUCAGACUCUGAUAAAGUUCCUAUAGAGCAUAAUGUGAACAGAAAUGGCAACAUGGAAAGAUUGGACCGAUUGUCUGUGUGAUUUGUAUAGGAACCAUGUAGAAACACACCACCUAACUCAAGUAGUCUUGUCAUCAGACCUCUUCACAACAUCUUCUAGAGUUUUGUAUCUGCUUGAUGAGAGUCUUGAGAUAAUGUGAAUCAGUUUGGUUGAACAAAUCUACAUAAUUGUUAAAGUAACGAACUAACUACAAUAAAAGACAACAUUCUAACAAUUGGGAGAAUAAGAUCUGCACACCAUCAAGUUUAGCUAGUCUUUAUCUACUCAUGCUCAUGAUAUUGAGCAGGUAGGCAGGGAUGCAGGACCAUAUUUCAUA